AAUGCAUCUUUCCAACAUGGUUGCUGUUGUCUAGUAGCGUUUUGAUAAACAUCUUUAGCCACGAAAUUCUGUUGUCCCCCGUGUAUUUUGGACAUUCUGGUGUAAUCACAGAUGAAUAAGACAUAAUGAUUUCAUGUUUCAGGUUCUGCAAUAAGGCCCACAUGCUUGGUAUUAUCUCUAAACAGCUACUCAAGGACACCGUCACAAUGCCGAGAUUAAUCUUAUCCAACACAGCUAAGGUUAUUCCUCGGCGCUAUAUGUAUCAUAGUAUGAAGGCACUAGAAGAUUCUCUUCCGAGAUUGCCUGUGCCUUCAUUACAACAGACGAUGGAUAAGUAUCUUCAAGCAGUAAAGCCACUAGUGGAUGAAGAUGAUUAUAAAAACACCAAGACCCUUGUGGAAGAAUUUAGAAAGCCUGGUGGUGUUGGAGAAAAGCUACAAGAAAGACUUUUAGAAAGGGCCAAGUUUACUGAUAACUGGCUUGCACAAUGGUGGGAUGACAAAGGUUAUCUUGAACAAAGAGUACCACUAGUUGUUUACUUCAGUCCAGCUGCUACUUUCCCUAAAGAGAAUUUCACUGAAAGUCUGAGUUAUCUCAAAUACACUGCAAGACUGAUUUCAAAUGCACUUAAGUUUAAAGAGGAAAUUGACAGUGAAACUAUUUCUGUAGACAUGGCUGGUAAGGAUCCUUUGAGUAUGGUUCAGUACAAGCUUCUCUUUGGUGGUACAAGGAAGCCUCAUGCCUCCAAAGAUGAGUUUGUUCUUGCUCCCAUAGAAAAGUCAAGGCAUAUCAUUGUUGCCCACAGAAAUCAGUUUUAUUCCAUGGAAGUUUACUACCCAAAUGGAAAGCCCUUGAAUGAAGGUGAUUUGAUGGCUCAACUAAUGGUCAUCGUCAGAAACAAUGAUCCUUUAGAAGAGCCUGUAGGAGUAUUGGGAACUACUGAUAGGACAACCUGGGCCCAUGAGAGAAAGACCCUAGAAAAAGAUAAAAUAAACAGAUCAAGCUUGGAUAUAAUAGACUCUGGUCUGUUUGUAAUCUGUCUGGACAAGCCACCAGUCCCAUCAACACAAGCACCUAGUAUAAUGGAAGAUGCRACUCAUUCUAUAUCUGCAAGACAGUGUCUACAUGGUGAUGGAGUAGAAUCUAACAGUCUCAACAGAUGGGUGGAUAAAACCAAUAAUUUCUGUAUCAGUGAAGAUGGACAUGUGGGUUGUCUGUAUGAACACACACCAGCUGAAGGACCAACGAUUGCUCGUGUCUGGGAAUAUACUGUAGCUAACAGACAUGGCUAUGAAUCCAUAAGUCCUAGUAACUCAAUAAGUCAUCUUACUCCUCCUAUUAAACUGAAGUGGAAGAUAAGGAGCUCAACCAAAGAAGCAAUUAAGAAGGCAAAGUACCAACUAGAAAGUUUGGUAAGGGAUUUAGAUGUGCGUUGCUUUAAGUUUGAUCAUUAUGGCAAAGAUUUCAUUAAGAAACACAAACUGAGCCCUGAUGCUUGGAUUCAGAUCUCCUUUCAGCUUACUCACUAUAGGCUUCAUGGUCAACUUGGACCGGCUUAUGAAACUGGUGCAACAAGGAAGUUCAAGCUUGGCCGCACUGAAACCAUCCGAUCAGCCUCUGUACCUACUCUAGAAUUUGUACAAAGCAUGGCCAAUCCCUCUUGCUCGAAUGCUGAGCGCCUGUCCUUUAUGCGUGCCGCAAUAAAUGCACAUACCACUUACACCAAGGAGGCUAUAAAUGGCCAGGGCAUUGACCGCCAUCUCCUUGGCCUGAAACUGAUAGCCCUUGAGUCAGGAAUGAAUGUUCCAGAGCUAUUUAUGGAUAGUACUUAUGCAUACUCACUACACUUCAAAAUAUCAACCAGUCAGGUGCCAUUCAAGGAAGAAACAUACCUCCUGUUUGGUCCUGCUGUUCCAGAUGGGUAUGGUAUCUGUUAUAACCCAGGGCUGAAAAAACUGAUGUUUGGCGUUACAACGUACAACAGUAACCCUACGACCAACUCUGGUCACUUUGCAUCAUGUCUGCAGAGAAGUCUGGAUGACAUGCAGUUACUAGUAUCUAAAUCUAAACUGUAAAGAAUUGUUGCUAAAAAUCCCUCAGUUCUUAGCAAGUACUUAUAAUAAAUAGCAAAUCAUGUUGCUAGACAGUCUAUAUGGUAUUGUGAAAAAGACAUGGCUGCCAACAUGAAUUAAUCCUUGGUUUUCUGUUUUUGAUCAUUAGCAACCUUGCAUGCUAUAGUGGAGGAAUAAAUUAUUUUAGACUUUAAACACCUGUUUUUUGGAUACUUAAUAUAUUAACUGUACUUAAAUAUUAUAUUAAGAUGUAAUAAAGAGGUAAAGAUGUUAUUCUA